GGUCCUGUGGCCUCACAAACCCAUUAUAUACAGGACGUCUCGCAUCGCGCACACCCCAGCAGCAUUCCUUGCACGCAUAUUCCGUCGGGAUACAGACACAGAAGCUACGACCACGCAACAUGUCCAUCCGCGACGUUUCUCACCAGAGCGACAUCAGCAAGCGCAAGCCGGACGCUGACGGCAGUUUCAAGCGCAAGCCGUCCUCGUUCAGAAACUCCAUCCAAAAGGGCGGCGAGUUUCCCCCAGAGAAAGGUCGCUACCAUCUCUACGUCUCAUACGCGUGUCCAUGGGCGACUCGGGCGUUGAUUGUGCGGAAGUUGAAGGGCCUUGAGGAGUUCAUCGACGUCAGCGUGGUGUCACCGCACAUGGGCGAGCACGGCUGGCCAUUCGCCACUGCGGACGCGUUCCCCGGCGCGGAUCCCGAUCCGCUCUACGGCGCGAAGCACGUCAAAGACCUGUACCUGAGGGCUAAGCCCGACUAUGAUGGCCGCUUCACUGUGCCGGUGCUGUGGGAUAAGAAGAGAGAGACGAUCGUGAACAACGAGAGCUCGGAGAUCAUCCGCUUCCUCAACACCGAGUUCAACGACCAGCUCCCCGCGGACAAAGCUAAGAUUGACCUAUACCCCGAGCACCUUCGCAAGGAGAUCGAUGAGAUCAACGACUGGGUCUACGACACUGUCAACAACGGCGUAUACAAGUCCGGGUUUGCGGCGACCCAGAAAGCCUACGAAGCAGCCGUCAUUCCCCUCUUCGAGUCGCUCGACCGCCUCGAGAAGAUCCUCCAGGGCAAGGACUACCUCGUGGGGAAUCAACUUACCGAGGCCGACGUCCGCCUCUUCGUCACCAUCGUCCGCUUCGACCCGGUGUACGUGGGUCACUUCAAGUGCAACAUCCGCACGAUCCGCGACGGGUACCCCGCGCUCCACUUGUGGCUGCGGAAGCUGUACUGGGGCAAUGAUGCCUUCUCGAGCACCUGCAAUUUUGAGCAUAUCAAGGUGCACUACUACUGGUCUCACCCGAUGAUUAACCCGCACCGUGUCGUGCCUGUGGGUCCUAUUCCGAACAUCCUCCCGCUCUAAGUGCACAACGGGAGAGCGGAUUAUGAAGAAAAAGAGUUGUAUCAUAGUGCCGCGCCUUGGGUAGUACCACUCCAGCUGUA